GGUUUAUUUAUCGCUGUCUGGUUUAGGGUUUUAGCAGACAGGGUAAACCACAAACUUGCUUUCCUUUUCAUUCCUUCAGCGAGAAUGGGGAAGAUAACCUACAAGAGACUAAAGGGAAGCCAGAGCUUCCGGCAGAGACUGGUAUUGGCUACACUUGCGAACACUCCUGUUCUCAUAGAGGACAUCCGCGCCGAGGACACGUGGCCUGGCCUCCGCCUUCAUGAGGUCUCCCUCCUCCGCCUCAUCGAGAAAGUCUGCGAUGACUGCGUUGUUGAAAUCAAUGAAACGGGUACGAAAAUCAAGUACAAGCCAGGAACAGUGAUUGGAGGGAGGAAUUUAGUGCAUGACUGUGGUGUUAGUAGGUCCAUUGGUUAUUUCUUGGAGGCCCUGAUUAUAAUUGGGUUGUUUGCGAAGAAACCGAUCACAAUUAGGCUCAAAGGAAUUACAAAUGAUUCUAAGGACCCAUGUGUUGACACUUUCCGUUCAACUACCUUACCCAUGCUGAAGCGUUUUGGAGUUCCUUCUGAAGGACUGGGGCUGAAAAUAGAGAGUCGAGGAUCUCCACCUCAUGGUGGUGGAGAAGUUAUUGUAACUAUUCCUAUUGUUGAUAAGUUAACGGCAGUUAAUUGGCUUGAUGAAGGAAUGGUUAAAAGGAUUAGAGGGGUCACCUACUCAACUAGAGUGUCUUCUCAGUUUGAAAAUACCAUGAUUCAUGCUGCACGUGGAAUCUUUAAUCAUCUGCUUCCAGAUGUUCACAUUUUUACUGAUCAUAAAGCUGGUCCUCAAGCUGGAAAGUCACCUGGUUAUGGAAUUUCACUGGUGGCAGAAACUACUUCUGGUUGCUUCAUUUCUACUGAUACUGCAGUAUCUUAUGCACAAGGAGAAACAGUUGAAAUUGAUAAUGAUGAGAAGAAGGAGUUGAUGCCACCAGAGACUGUUGGUGAGGAAAUUGCUUCAUUUCUUCUUGAAGAAAUUCAGAAAGGUGGAGUUGUAGAUUCGACACACCAGGGUUUGCUGUUUCUUCUCUGUGCACUAUGUGAACCAGAUGUUUCAAAGGUUCGUGUUGGAAAGUUAUCACCAUAUGGAAUAGAAACACUCAGAAGCAUCAGAGAUUAUCUGGGUGUUACAUUUGACAUUCGGCCAGAUCCAUCAACAGGGACUGUUAUACUUAGAUGUGUGGGGUGUGGAUAUAAGAACCUAGCUAAAAGGAUUUCAUGAUUUCACAUUUCAGAAGAUGUUAAUGAAUUCAUAGAAGACAUCCAAUUGAAAGUUAUUUCCAACCACCCUAGAUACUUAAACUGGUGAGACUUCAAUGCUCCUUAUGCCUUGUUGACAUCAAAUUCUUAGGGGGAUAGAUGAAGAUAAAUUUCAGAAUGAUGGAGCUCCGAAUUGGUGUUCCUAUUCAAAUUUUGAUUUGAGAUAAUUUUCCUAUAGAAUCAUGCUCUAAGAAAGUAACUUUACCAAAUUGUUUUUUGGGCUGUUAAAGUGUAUAACAUGAUAACUAUUCUUAUUUAUGAAUCACUUAUAUUGUGGUUA